AUGGACGAGAUUGGCAAGGAAGUGGUCGAUAUGCCAUCAUCAAGAAUCAACUUUAGCGCUACCCCAGACCUCCAGACCUCGAAACGCCAAAACGCAGACGCCGAAGUCGACCAAAAGAUGCUUUCGUUCAUGAAGAUCCUGUAUUCCCCUUCGGUGUUGAUGAUGAUAGCCAUUGCGAAUGCCCAGGGAGUGAUACAGACGGCUCAGGGUACCAUGGGCUCCCCAGCCAGUCUGCCGCUGGCGAUCGAGCUCCAGGCCGCGGACGCCAAUAUCAUCAACCUCGAGGAGAUCACCGCCAAUGUCGUCAACGAGUGCGGCAGGACGCUGCUGGGCGGCAACAUCGAUGUGGGCGAGAACACUGAGAACCAACUGAUUGCCAAGACCGUCACGUCGGUUACCAAAGGCGGCACGGUGAACGUUGCCGUCAACCGGGUGGAUGCCAAUGGGGCUGGCCCCUACACCUGCGACUUGGAUCUCAAGGGCAACGCCAACGGAUUCAACGGCCAGAAAUACCUGACCGUCAAGGAGUCGGCGCCAUCGAACGGGAUCAUCAACCUUACCGUUACCAUGCCCGCGGACAUGGCGUGUAUUGGAGCGCACCCAGCCUCGACCGGCAAUGUGUGCACGAUGAGAUGUUUCAACACCGCAGCUGCCGGUCCCUUCGGAGGCUGCGUCGCCCUGCAACAGACCGACACAGAAGCGAGUGACAACUCCCCCAACCAGAUCAACACGGCUCAGACCCUAGCGGGUAUUCUGGCCCAGGUCAACCAGAACCAGGUCGAUCUCGCCAAGGCCGAGGCAGGGAACGCAGCUGCGACGAAAGUGACGGACCAAGGUGUCAUCAUUGCGGAUAAUCUCUUGGGUAUCGAUAGCAAGGCCCUGGCGACUGCAGCUGCCGCUGCUACUGGUGUCGACGCGGUUGCAACAAACACCGCAAACACCGGGAAGAGCGGAAAGAGUGGAAAGAGCGGCAAGGGAAACAAGAAAGCUGGUUCCGGAACGAACAGGGGACACAGGGGACACAACAACCAAAGAUCCGCCAAGCUAUUUAUCUCGUAG